AUGAGUCUCUUCCAGUUCACCUCUAGAAGGCUGCUCUCCCAAGCACGCUGCUUGCUUAAGCCUCCUCCUUCAAAGAAGCAGCGCUUCUGCUUGGAAAUGGCUCGUCCGAGUUCAAACAUGGCAGAUUUUCGGGAGGCCUUUGCCAGAGCGAAGCACAUCGCCAUUAUUACGGGAGCGGGCGUUAGUGCCGAGAGCGGCGUCCCCACGUUCAGGGGCGCCGGGGGCCUCUGGAGGAAGUGGCAAGCGCAGGAACUGGCCACCCCCGAGGCUUUUGCCAGAAACCCCUCUCGCGUGUGGGAAUUCUACCACUACCGCCGAGAGGUGAUGCUGAGCAAGCAGCCCAACCCCGCACACAUGGCCAUCGCGGAGUGCGAGCGGCAGCCGGACAAGCAGGGCAGGAACGGCGCGGGCAUCACGCAGAAACACGGUGAAAAAAAAGCCGGCACGAAGCCCCUCCUGGAAAUCCAUGGUAGUUUAUUUAAAACCCGAUGCACCAACUGUGGAAAUGUGGCUGCGGAUUACAGGAGCCCCAUAUGCCCGGCAUUGGCUGGAAAAGGGGCUCCCAAUCCGGAAAUCGAAGAUGCUGCAAUUCCAGUUGAAGACCUUCCUCGGUGUGAGGAAGAUGGCUGCAAUGGCCUCCUCCGCCCCCACGUCGUGUGGUUUGGGGAAGCCCUGGACCCUGAAGUUCUCGCCGAGGUGGAGAAAGAGCUCGACAUGUGCGACCUCUGCCUGGUAGUUGGAACCUCCUCCGUGGUGUAUCCUGCUGCUAUGUUUGCCCCUCAGGUAUCCAGCAGAGGAGUGCCAGUUGCAGAAUUUAACAUGGAAGCUACUCCUGCUACAGACAGAUUCAGGUAA